AGCAUAACAUAUCCUGGAAAAGAAAAAAAAACAGAGAGAGUUUAGAGAGAGAGAAACCCUAGCCGCCGCUGUGCCUUUCCGGCGUUCGACGCUCUGUCGACGUCGGAGCUCCGCUCCUUUCCCUUUCCUUGUUUUCCUUUUGCUUCUGAUAGUGUCCCUUCCCUUCUUCGAUAUGCGCGUUGUCUCUGGUCCCUUCGGUCUUCAGAUCCCAGAUCUGGCCGUGUACCACAGUCUCCGAGUUUCUGGAGCGACGGCGAGUUGAGUCAGGAAGGUGGCCGUUGUCGGAGGUCGGCUUUUAGGGUUGGAUUUUGGUCGGAGCAAUUUUCCCUUUCCGCUCUGUAUUCUUCCUAAGAUGAUAAAUCACGUCGUCUUAGUUCUUCCCCGAGCGUUCUAUGUUCUGUUGCAGGAUUAUUGGAAGAACCAUGGUGGAUUUGUCAUCUGUACCCGUCCUUUUCAUUCCUGAAGAACAAAGCUUUUCUCUUGGAGAUGAAGUUUCGUUCUGUUGGCGGCUCUGCUUUGGAUUCAGGUUUAGAAACCUGCGUCGGAGCUUGACGUGUAUGGUCCGUGUUGUGGCUAGGGUUUGUGAUAAUGUUGGCUGAUGUCUUGUCCUCAGUUCUAAAUGGGUAUUGCGUAGAAUCUGUUGAUACAUGGUAUGCAUCAGUAGUGCCUGACCAAUGGGUUGACUAGGAUUGGAAACCUUAUCUAGCGAGUGUUGUUGUUGGUUCUCUUUUUAUUAGAGUUGUGGGGUGUGGCACUCAUUGUGACAAUUUCAGUUGCAGAAUUCUCUUUCAGUUAGUGGUACAGUGAUUUCUCGUUGAUGUGGUCUGGUUUAGAAUGCAUUUGUUGUGGAAAUCAAUCAACGAGGCUUGUUUGUGUGGAGGUGUUUGGGAGGCUUCUAUCUAGGUGUAAAAGUGGACGUCAAAGAGUGCGUUCAAACCGUAUCCGAAAGUUGAUUGGAUCGUGAAGCGGUCUUACUUGUCGGGUUGUGAAGUCGUGGUUCCUGGUUACUAGUGGGGAUGGUAUCGUUCGGCAGGCUAUAGGCGGCAGCGAUAGAUCCGAUUUGAGAAGACUGAGGGUCUUCGGGUUUUGAAGCGGAUGGAAUCGUUGGUUGGCCGAGGGCAGCUUCGAUUUAUCCAGAUCACUGUGGUUCCUAUAUUGGGAGGGUCUUGGGCAUUGAAGUGUUAUAGGUUUGUCUACAGAUGUUUUCGUUGUGGUGUUCUAGUUUCCCUAAAGUGCCUUGGUAUGGGCUGAUAGGUUCUUUCUUAAUCGUAAUUGUUUUGUGUCUGUAAGCUGCCCUGGUGUGGGCUCAAGCUGCUCCGUUGUGGGCUAAAGUUGCCUUUUCUAUAGGCUUUUGUAACAAACUCUUGAAUGAAUGAAUAUUUUCAGACGGAAAAAAAAAAAAAAAAAAAUUAAGAAGUCAGAAGAAAGAAAAAGACAAAACAGGGCUCUAAGGUUUGGUUACCACUCAAAAUACGAACAGCUGUUUAUCUUCCACCAAAGCACUUCGUGCAUCAUCCUCUUCCCCCUGUCUGAUUCUUCGCCGUGAAAAAAAGUAAAGACAAUAGAAGCUCAGCUAAUAGCUAUGGCGUUUCUUCUCCCUAAUCUCUCUCCUUCAUUCCUUCUUCAAACUGGAAAAUCCCUCAAAGAGAAACCCAUUUCAACCCAUUCUCUAUCCAUAUCAUCAUCUUCUUCUUCUACCAAUAGCUACGAGUUCGAAGAAGGUAGUCUCUCUCUUCUAUCUCUUCCUGUCCAGGCUCCUCCUGCUCCAGGCGCGCAGGUUAAGACCAUGCCGAAUGAGAAAGAUAAAAACCAGCAGCAGGGCAAAGAUGAGUUCUACAUCAAUCUCGGUUUAGCUAUACGCACCCUUCGUGAAGAUUUGCCUUUGCUCUUCACCAAAGAUCUCAACUACGACAUUUACAGGGAUGAUAUAACACUGGUGGAUCCAGCGAACACUUUCUCUGGGAUUGAGAACUACAAACUGAUCUUCUGGGCACUCAGGUUUCAUGGCAAGAUUCUCUUCAGAGAUAUCUCACUUGAGAUCUUCAGGGUUUGGCAACCAUCAGAGAACAUGAUUCUCAUCAGGUGGAAUCUCAAAGGUAUACCUAGAGUUCCAUGGGAGGCCAAAGGAGAGUUUCAGGGAACUUCUCGCUAUAAACUGGACCGUAAUGGCAAAAUCUAUGAGCAUAAAGUUGAUAACUUGGCUUUCAACUUCCCUCACCAGCUCAAACCUGCCACUUCUGUUUUGGAUUUGGUCACUGCUUGCCCUGCUAGUCCUAAUCCAACAUUCAUGUUUGGCUCUUCGUACUCGUCUUCUUGGAUUGAGUUCUAUCAAGCUGUGCAAAGGACACUAGACAAGCAACAAGACCAAAUCGUUAUGCAAGACCGUUUUGUUAUAUGUUCAUAGAGCCGUUGAUGUGAUCACACUCAGAUGUAUAUGUAUAUAUACACUCUUGCAUUAAUGAUAAUAUACAUACAAUGUGCAGGCAUAUGUAGAUGUGGUUGACUUAGGAAAGCAAACCUGUGUAACCCCAUGAGCUUGUACAACUUUGCCUAUCGAAUGUAAACAGAAUUCAUUGUA